AAAUUGCAAAGCCAAAAGAAAUAAAAGAAGCGAUAAUCCUUGAACUGAACCUUCACCGUCGCAUAUUUCUGUGCCAACAAAAGAAGAUGGCCUCACAGGUUUGCAAAGCUGCUUCCAGAGCCGCGAGGUCCCUUCUCUCCGCUUCCAGAGCCUCCCAUGGACGUGCGGUUGGGGCUGCUACGGCUGUUUCAUUGAGCUGCAAAGUGCCUCUUUUCUACGGAAAGAACGGUUCUGGAAGUGGUUCCGCUUCAUCAUCAUCAUCAUCAUGGAUUUCAGGAGCACUUGCUCUUCCUGCCGCAGCUUACAUGUUCCAAGAUCAGGAGGUGCGCGCAGCUGAGCUGGAGCGCACUUUCAUUGCCAUUAAGCCUGAUGGAGUGCAGAGAGGGCUGAUUUCUGAGAUUAUAUCUCGUUUUGAGCGGAAAGGGUACAAGCUUGUGGGGAUUAAAGUAGUGAUUCCUUCAAAGGAAUUUGCCCAAAAGCACUAUCACGACCUGAAAGAAAGACCCUUCUUCGAUGGGCUGUGUGAUUUCCUUAGCUCUGGCCCUGUUAUUGCAAUGGUGUGGGAAGGACAGGGAGUUAUUUCCUAUGGCCGAAAGCUAAUUGGAGCCACAGAUCCUCAGAAAUCAGAACCUGGAACCAUUAGGGGUGAUCUUGCUGUUGUUGUUGGAAGAAAUAUCAUUCAUGGGAGUGAUGGUCCUGAGACUGCCAAGGAUGAGAUUAAGUUGUGGUUUAAGCCAGAGGAGUUGGUUAGUUUCACUAGCAAUGCAGAAAAGUGGGUUUAUGGUGUCAACUGAUUCUUUCCCUCAUGCCUUGGGUUUUCUAUAACAACUGCUCAGUGAGUUUUUGAAAUAAAUUAUUUGUCAGCGGCAAUACUAAUGAACUCUGGAAGCCACAAAUAAGCGCGAUUGAGAAUAGUACCAAUAGGAAUUGCAUUAUUUUUAUAUUUUAUUAGCCGGGUGAAGACAAUGUGUGACAUUUAUUAUGCCAAUACUUCAAAAUGGGUUAAUUGGCCUUUUGAAAGGAGUUGAGGAUGAUUUGUUCAUCCUAUAAUAGAAAAGGUGAUUGAAAAUUGAAAAUAAGAUGUCUUUCAAGGGUAUUAGCUAAUAAAUUAAUAAUAUGAAGUGUUAUACUUUUUUCUUCUUAAA